CUGCACACACGGACUGCACUGACACCCUCCUGUUUCCAGCUCCUGCUUUCAAAGUACAGAGGAGAAAUCCUGCUGCCAAGAAAAAGUGAUCUACAAAAUAGACUUGGAUGAGACUCAAGUGAGGCGUGAUCUUGUCAGUGCACUUCUUGUAGGUGGGCCCGCAGUCGCAGUUUUGCUUGCUUUCAGAAUCGGAGGCGCACUUGCUGGUGCAGUCGCAGCUGCACACGGAUGUACAAUCGGAGGUGGAUUUGGAUUGAUUGGCGCAGACAUGACCAUCAGUUGCAGUUUAACAGGCAUACUUGGAGGCGCAGUCGGAGGCAUAGUUGGAUGCAUACUGACACACACAGUGACAGAUUCUACCACGGUCGGAGGCGCAAUUGGAGGUGCAGUCGGAGGCAUAAUGACACUCGCAUUCACAGCUGCUGGUGCUAGCGUGGUCUGGGGCUUUAUCGGAUUCAUAAUCGGAGGGGCAGUCGGAGGCGCAGUCAGAGGCAUACUGACUCUCACAGUCACAGUUGCAGGUGCUUCUGUGGUCGGAGGUGCAAUCGGAUUCAUAUUUGGAGGUGCAGUCGGAGGCAUACUGACACUCACAGUCAUAGCUGCAAGUGCUGCUGCAGUCGGAGGUGCAAUCGGACACAGAUUCGGAGGCACAGUCGGAGGCGCAGUCGGAGGAGCAGUCGGAAAUGCAGUCGGAGGCGCAGUCGGACACUCAGUCAGAGGGGCAGUCGAAGGCGCAGUCAGAGGCAUACUGACACUCACAGUCACAGUUGCAUGUGCUGCUGUGGUCGGAGGUGCAAUCGGAUUCAUAUUUGGAAGCGCAGUCAGAGGCAUACUGGCACUCACAGUCACAGUUGCUGCUGCCAUCGGAGGCAUAAUCGCCUACAGAUAUGGAGGUGCAGUUGGAGGUGCAGUCGGAGGUGCAGUCGGAGGUGCAGUUGGAGACAUACUGACACUCACAUCUGCAGGUGCUUCUGCUGUCGGAGGAAGAGCAUUGGCACUCAGAGACCCAGGUGCAGUGGCACUCAGAGACACACUGAGAGACACGGAUGCAGUCAAAUUCUCAUUCAGACUUGUGUUAGGUGGAGUCACAUUCCUAGCUGCAGCAGCUUUGUUUCUUUACGUUAUCUUCAGUGAGGAUGAGCAGGAGGAGGAACUGAGAGAGAUGGAGGAGAGACGGAUGAAGUGGGCGAUGGAGAAUUGGCUCAGAGUGAUAGAGGAGAAACUGAAGAAAGAGAUGGAGGAGAAACUGACAAAGAUGAAGUGGUGGAGGAAGAUAGAGAUGAAGAGUAAACUUAGGAAAGAAAUUGAGGAGAAACUGAGUGAGAUCAAGAAGACACUGGAGGUGGAGAUAGAGAAGACACCGAGUGAGACAAAGGCAACAUGGAAGAAGAUGGAGAAGAAACUGAGGCAGCUGAAGGAGAAACGGAUGAGGAAGCUGGAGGAGGAACUGAAGAGGUUUGUUUAUUUAAAAAUACUGACAAUGUAGAUUUCCAGAAGAGAAAAUGUAAAUUUCCAUUCAUUUUCUACACCUCCCUCCUGACCAGAUCACACUGUCACAUGAUUCUGGCAGCUAGGGUUCUGCAGACCAGCUCAAAGCAGCUCAUAGGCAGAUUAUAAAAAUGAUAAGAACUCGACAUCAACAUUGCCGUUAACUCACAGUAAAUAGUUGUCUAGACAUAUUGUCCUAAAUUAAUAAUUACUUGUGCCUUUUUGAGCCG